AACACGAGGCCACUGAGCAGCAAAUUAAGUCACAGGUGGUGUGGUGUUUUUAUGUGAAUAUAUAAAUGUGACAUCUCUGGUAUCAUUUUCUAUAAAUUAAGCUUAUACGUUUCCACAUUCAUAGUUGUCUGGCCUCUUUGUAUAAUUUGCAUCCUAGCUUUGGUCUUAUAGUUAUUAGUUAGAGCUUACAAAGUAAAUAACAAUGAAGCGGCCAUGUAGUUCCAGCGGUUAUUACUUUUGUCUAAUGAAUAUGUUCCUGUUGCUUUUGCCAGUAAGGUCCCAACUGACAACAGACUUCUAUAAGUCAUCAUGUCCUAACCUUUCCAAAAUAGUAAGAAGAGAGGUUCAAAAAGCUCUAAUGAAUGAGAUUCGAAUGGCUGCUUCUUUGCUUCGCCUUCACUUUCAUGAUUGCUUUGUGAAUGGUUGUGAUGGAUCGAUACUACUAGAUGGUGGUGAUGAUGGAGAGAAAUCUGCUGCUCCUAACCUGAACUCUGCUAGAGGAUAUGAGGUUGUAGAUACAAUCAAAAGUUCAGUGGAGAGUGCAUGUAGUGGGGUUGUCUCCUGUGCUGAUAUAUUAGCCAUUGCUGCCAGAGAUUCUGUUUUCCUAAGUGGUGGUCCUUUUUGGAAGGUUCCGCUAGGACGAAGAGAUGGAACAGUCUCAAACGGAACACUGGCAACUGAGGUGCUUCCAGCGCCAUUUGAUCCAUUGAAUACCAUCAUUUCAAAGUUUACUAAUAUGGGCCUUAAUCUCACUGACGUUGUUUCUUUAUCAGGUGCCCAUACAAUUGGCCGAGCAAGGUGUACACUGUUUAGCAAUAGAUUAUUCAACUUCUCAGGAACAGGUGCACCAGACAGCACACUAGAAACUGGCAUGCUCUCUGACCUGCAAAGUUUGUGUCCUCAAAAUGGAGAUGGAAAUGUUACUACAGUCCUUGAUCGGAAUUCAUCGGAUCUAUUUGACAUUCACUACUUCAAGAACCUGCUCAGUGGAAAGGGGCUUCUCAGUUCUGACCAGAUUCUAUUUUCUAGUGAUGAAGCUAAUUCAACAACAAAACCUUUAGUCCAAAGCUAUAGCAACGAUAGUGGACAAUUCUUUGGGGACUUUGCCAACUCUAUGAUCAAGAUGGGGAAUAUAAAUAUUAAGACUGGGACUGAUGGAGAGAUUAGGAAAAACUGCAGAGUGAUAAAUUCUCAGUAAUAUGAUAAGAAACGCUUUGCAAGAUAUGGAAUAAGCAGAAGAUGCGGUGUCUUCCUGUUACAUUAGGUAAUUUAGGUUGGUGUUUAUAUAUGUUACUCAAAAUGGAAUUUGUAGGUGGAAAUGUGCUUUUCAGAUGAAUGUGAGCAACUUAACCCGACAAAAGAUAAAUUAAAGAUAGUAUCAACGAUUCCCUCGUUUUAUGUUAUGUGCACCAGUUUUUUUCUA